UCUAUUGAAUAUACAUCUUAUUAAAAUAACAAUAAGGAGCCUCUUAACGUCUAAUAUAUUAGAUGUUAUUAUUAACGCUCUGAACAUCACUUUCCCACCACUGCUUAACGCCAGUCACGGCAUCUCUUCUUCAAGAUGAACUCUCAGUGCUCAGAAUUAAUUUAAAAUGGGAUUCAUGUGGCGCGCGAUUUUAUUCGGUUUUGUAUUGUUACUUUAUCUGAUUUCCGAAGGAGCAUGUUCACAAGUCGUUGAGUAUUCGGAUGAAACCGCACUAAAAGCCGCUGAGGCGCACAAGGCUUCAACUACAACCGUUUCUAUUUCCACCGUAAAACCAUCAUCAACUACAAGAACCAGAAAGUUGCGUAAACGCACCAGGCGAAGAAAACGCAUCCGUCUUAGUUCAUCAUCAGUUGCACCCACUUAUAGUCAAUCCACCGCUUCUCCAGUUGCGCCGCAUGAAGAAAAAAUAAAACGCCGGCAAAGAAGGUUGAAGAAACGCAGAAGAGGCUCAAGUAAAGUACGAAAUAGCGCCAACGAUUCGCGAUCUGCUAUUCAAACGCGCAACUUGUUUCAACCGAUAACUCCAAAAGAAAGCUCACCCAAAAUAAGUGGAACUCCAUCAGCAUUCGCCCCACGGAAAGAAACUACUACCAGAUGCAGCAAAAAUAAUGGAGGCUGCGCCCACACUUGCCGGCCGACUGGAUCCCGCAAAUGUGGAUGCUUGAAAGGAUUUUCAUUGAGUGGAGAUGGUCAUAACUGUCUGGAUAUCAAUGAAUGUUUGUUGGAUAAUGGUAAAUGUGAAAUGAAUUGUACCAACACUGUGGGAUCAUAUCGUUGCAAAUGUCCCAACGGUUUGAGGCUGAAUCGAGACCAAAAAUCGUGCGACGACAUCAAUGAGUGUCUGUUGAGGAAUGGACACGGUCCGUGCCAGGACACUUGCAUAAAUUCUCAUGGCGCUUACAAGUGCAGUUGCGAUCGGUUAAAUGGGACAAAAUUGGGCAAUGAUGAGCACAGUUGCACUGACUUAGACGAAUGUGCCCAAGAUAAUGGGGGCUGUUCACAUAUAUGCAUCAAUACUUUUGGAAGAUUCUUCUGCUCAUGCCCUGAAGGAAUGGAAUUAUCGUCGGAUUCUCAAACUUGCCAAGAUAUUAAUGAAUGUGAAAACGAGCACAUGAAAAUUAAAUGCCCCAAUGGAUGUAUGAACACCCAGGGGUCCUUUAGAUGUCUCAAUAUAUCCGAUUUGCAAAAUGACGAAUCUUAUCAAUACGUGGUCUGCCCACCGCUGUUUCCUCCAGAAAACGGCUAUUUCAAAUGUUCGAGAAAGCAUGCAUUAAAAACCCACACAAAGUCCGGUAGAAGACAAAUUAAGAACAGCUUAGGAACGAAAUGCUUUCUGGUGUGUCCUGAAGGUUUCAAACGACAAGGGCAAGGAUUCCGCUUGAAUUGCGGAUAUGGAGGACAGUGGAUGGGGAAAAUGGAUGCUGAAUGUAUCGCAUUGGAAGCCCCUAUCCAGAACAGAUCAGCUUAGAUAGCAUUUAUUUAUUUUGCGUAUUUAAAACAUUUUGAUUAGAUUAGUGGAUUUUUUAAUAAAUAGACGAAUAUAUCUCACACAUAAACAUUUCAA